AUGGCGCUCGACCAGUAUACCUACGUCUUUGUCAUCGGCACAUUCUUUGCCAUGCUCGAUGCCUACAACAAUGGCGCAAACGACGUGGCAAACGCCUGGGCGACGAGUGUCUCGUCGAGGUCCAUCUCCUACAGACAGGCCAUGGUCUUCGGCACCAUCUUUGAGAUGCUCGGGGCCAUUACUGUUGGCGCACGCACGGCUGAGACAAUCAAAAACGGCAUCAUCCCCAACGCCGCCUUCCGCAGCGAUGCUGGCGUGCAGAUGCUUGCAUUCACCUGCGCCCUCGCCGCUGCCUCGUCCUGGGUCAUGUGGUGUACGCGGCACUCGGCCCACGUCUCCUCGACCUACUCGCUCAUCUCAGCUGUCGCCGGCGUCGGUGUCGCCACUGUCGGCGCCUCGCGAGUGCAAUGGGGAUGGAACAACGGCAAGGGUCUGGGUGCCAUCUUUGCCGGCCUGGGCAUGGCCCCCGUCAUCUCGGCCGGCUUCGCCGCCUCAAUCUUCAUGCUCGUCAAGCUGGUCGUCCACAUGCGCUCCAGGCCGGUGCCAUGGGCCGUCUACACCUCGCCCUUCUUCUUUCUCAUCGCCGGCACCAUCUGCACCCUGUCCAUCGUCUACAAGGGCUCGCCCAACCUCCAGCUGAACCAGAAGCCCGGCUGGUACGUUGCUGCCGUCACCAUGGGCACGGGCGGCGGCGUCGCCCUCCUGUCGGCCCUCUUCUUCGUCCCCUUUGUCCACGCAAAGGUCAUCAAGAAGGACUACACGGUCAAGUGGUGGAUGUUCGUCAUGGGCCCGCUGCUCUUCAAGCGCCCAACUCCCGCCGACGCGGCCAUGGCCAAUAUCCCCAACUACGCCGUGGUCCAGGAUGAGCCUGACGACCAGCCUCUGCCCAACUCCAUGGGUGAGGAUGCGGCAAAAAGGGCCGAGCUAGGCGUCGCGCCCUCAAUGGAGCCGGCUGAAGGAAAAGAUAUCAACGUUGCCACAGCCGAGGCUUCCCUGGCCGCAUCAAAGGAGCUCGCGGCCCAGGGAGAGAGCAAGCUGCAUGCAAGGCUCAUGAGGAAGCGCGGCCCCUUAGGCUGGGCACUACGGACACUCCGCGACAACCCCAUAGGCGCCGGGCAGAUCUACGAGCUCCACAACAUCAAGACGCUCGCGAAGCGCAUCCCCGCCAUGGUUGUCUGGGGCGCUCUCUACGGCCUCCAUUACGACAUCCAUGCCGCACAGACAGGCACUGCUGGCACCCCGGACGGCAUCCGCAUGCAGCGUGUGUAUGCGCAUGCGGAGAAGUACCCCAACGAGGUCGAGCACACCUACUCGUUUGUCCAGAUCCUCACGGCCUGCACUGCCUCAUUUGCUCAUGGUGCCAAUGACAUCGGGAACUCGGUCGGACCCUGGGCUGUCAUCUACUUGUCCUGGUCUACCGGCAACGCCGCUGCCGCCAAGGCUCCUGUUCCCGUCUGGCAGCUGGCCGUCCUCUCCGCAACUAUCUCGCUCGGCCUGAUUACCUAUGGAUACAACAUCAUGAAAGUAAUGGGCAACAAGAUCACAUAUCACUCGCCCAGCAGAGGAAGCUCCAUGGAGAUGGGUGCCGCCAUCACCGUCCUCCUCUUUUCCCAAUACUCUCUGCCCGUCUCCACGUCCAUGUGCAUCACCGGGGCCACGGUUGGCGUCGGCCUCUGCAACGGCACCUUCAAGGCAGUCAACUUCCAGCGUGUGAGCCUCCUCGUACUGUCUUGGAUAGCCACCAUCCCCGUUGCCGGCACCAUCGGAGGAGUCCUCAUGGGCCUGUUUCUCAAUGCCCCCCAUUUUGCUUCUGGAGGGGGAUGA